CUCAGACUGAGAGAGUUAAAGAAGAAAGCGCGUCAGGAAGAAUGAGAACUCAACUGCAACAGGUCAUCAGGCUGCUUAUGGUUCUGAUCCGCAGUAACCGCGGGAAGUCGCGCGCUGUGGAUAAGGGAGGGUUACUGGUGCUGCAGAGCACACACCUCACACAAACAACACACACCGUUGCAGCUGCCGGUCCCUGGUGCUCCAGAGUGUCCAAGAAAAACAUUAAGAAAGAGGCUGGAGACAGACUUUCCUCCUUGGUCUCUCUUUGUAACUGCCCUUAUCCUGAAGAGCUCUGCAACUUUUCAGAUAACUUUGGGCCUUUACACUUUGAAUAUUCAUUCCAGGUGGAUGAGGACUGCCAUGAAUUGGAGAUUGUAAGAUUUCUUCAUAGAUACAGUCUGGUUCAUGGUCAGGUCACAGUUAUCUUCAAAGUAAGGAAUAACGAACAAACACACCAGCAAGUAUUCAGUGUCAAAACUACAUAUUCCAUGGUCGGACAUGCCAUUGCAAUGGACAGUACUGCAUUUGACCAGACUCCGUUCUUUGUAAGGUCUCUCCCUGCAUGUACCCGGAUGCACCCGGUUUUAGGGGAGACGCUCCCUAUCUUACUGUCCUCUGAAGCUGUGGAGGCUGGGUUGUGUGGAGAGGUGAGCGUUGCUACCAUGGCUGUGCUCGGACCCUGCAUGAAGCAGUACCCCAACUGGCCGACUCGCAUCUCACACAUACACUUGUUAGUGUAUAGUCCCUGUGGCGUUCCUCUAAUGCGAGGAGAGAGUGAGGUGCAGCAGAGUUUCCUCCAGAGCCUGUCUGAUUCUCUGCCCUGGGUAGACCUAGGUCUGCCUCAAGUCAGCUCUACUCAAACACACACUGCUCAUGGCUGUCUGUGCUCUGACGUGGAGUUCUCUAUGGAUAACGAUCUAAGUGAGGAACCGAAGCCUGGAUGCAGCCGGGUUGUGAGUCAGGAAGUGAAGCUGGAACAGAGUCGUCCUGUGGAGCAAACGCUCACUCUUUUCCUUUUCAUCCAGCAUGAUGACCCCUUUAACUCCCAGCUUUCUGACUUAAUCACAAAUGAAGAGACAUUAGAGAUGUACUUGGACAAGAUGCUCUGGUACAAUGGAGAGAAAGUAAGGGCAGCAAUCCAGUCUCUCCUGGGAAACACCUUGAAGGAAUUCCUUAAAAGAAAAAAGUCCAGCAAGACGUUUCAGACUGCCAUGCCAGUGAUCCUUAGUUCUGUGAACAGUAUUGUGAGCAGCAGUAGCAGUGUAAAGUUUCGUUCAGCCUGUCUAAAUAACAUGAAGGUCCAGAACACUCAUGAUUUGUCUAUAUCAUUACAUCAGACUCUUCAGAAAGUCAUAUAUGGCCGUUUCACAUCCCGUCCAGGGUGCACAGCUGAAAGGGCAGAGGAGGAAGCUGUUUCUGAGCAGAAUAGCACUGAGACCUGUGAAGAGGGACUGCCUGGUAAGAGGGCUCACAGAGAUAAAAAGCGGUCUCCAUUCAGCUCUAAGAGACAGUGUCCAGAGACUUCUGCAGGGGAUUCAGAAGCCUCUACAAGCUGUUUGUGGGAGAUUCUGCAAAGUCCAAUGACUCCUUUGUUCUGUGCAUCGCUUUCUGAGGGACCAGGGGAUGAAAAGUGUUUAGCAGGAUCUUCAUCUGGCUCCGUGUACACUACUGAAAUCAAAAACCAAGAGGUAGAGAGCAUGUUCCCGUGGUGUUCUUCAGGACUCGCCACAGCGAGGAUGUUUCCCUACCUGGCACAUCGGCCAUGGCAGACUUUGUGCAGAAUUUCUCUGCACCAGCGAGCUCACCUGUCUCAUCUUCCUCCCCGAGUAACACGCCCAUGUUAUGGGUGGCAAAGCAUUUGUAAAGGCCGCAGUCUAUGGUUUAGCUUCACUGAUCCCAGAGGAGCUUCCUCAGCCUGGUCACAGAUUCAGUACUUUUCUACUGCAGGAAGCAGUAAAGGUGAACCGCCAACAGAAUCGGGUCAAAAUGAUACAAAACCCACAGAAGAAGUGCUCACUACACAGCUCUCCAAAGAGCCACCUGGAUCUAAACCUCUGAGUCUGCCAAAAGCAGAGAGCAUUCAAGUAAAAGUGCGGGCAGUUUUGAAGAAGCGAGAAUACGGUUCCAAAUACACUCAGAACAAUUUCAUCACUGCUGUCAGGGCUAUGAAUGAGUUCUGUCUCAAACCCAGUGACCUGGAGCAACUGAGAAGGAUUCGUAGACGGAGUCCUCAUGAUGACACAGAGGCAUUCACAGUAUUUUUACGCUCAGACGUAGAAGCCAAGGGUCUGGAGGUUUGGGGCAGCAUGGAGGCCCUUGCUCGAGAGAGGAAUCUCAGGAAAGAGGUGGAGCGACAGUACCAAGAGAAAAUAUUCCGCAAUCAGCAAUUGUUAAAGGAGUACAAGGAUUUCAGGGGAAACACAAAACCUCGAUCUGGCAAAAGGGCUACUUUCCUCCAGGGGCCAGGAAAAGUGGUGGUGGUAGCGAUAUGCAUAAAUGGACUGAAUUUCUUUUUCAAACUUCUGGCGUGGGUUUAUACUGGAUCAGCCAGCAUGUUCUCAGAGGCAAUCCAUUCCCUGGCAGAUACCUGUAACCAGGGCCUUCUUGCACUGGGAAUAAGCCAGUCUGUGCGUAACCCUGACCCUGGCCACCCGUAUGGGUUUUCCAACAUGCGCUACAUCGCCUCCCUCAUCAGCGGUGUGGGCAUUUUUAUGAUGGGCGCUGGUCUGUCCUGGUACCACGGAAUUAUUGGUCUUAUGCACCCUCACCCAAUAGAGUCACUGCUCUGGGCAUACUGUAUUUUAGCUGGAUCUCUAGUUUCUGAAGGCGCAACACUCCUGGUGGCUAUUAAUGAAAUCAGGAAGAGUGCUCAUAAGCAAGGGCUCUCUUUCUAUGAAUAUGUAAGGCAGAGCCGAGACCCUAGCACUAAUGUGGUAUUGCUGGAGGAUGCUGCAGCUGUUCUGGGUGUGGUAUUAGCUGCAGGCUGCAUGGGUCUAACGUCACUCACAGGUAACCCUUAUUAUGACAGCCUGGGUUCCCUGGGUGUGGGGACUUUGCUGGGCACCGUCUCAGCCUUCCUUAUCUACACCAACACAGAAGCUCUGUUGGGUCGUUCCAUCCAAGCCGAGCAUGUACAGAAGCUCACAGAGUUCCUGGAGAACGACCCCGCUGUCAGAGCUAUCCAUGACGUGAAGGCUACAGAUAUGGGACUAAGUAAAGUGCGCUUCAAGGCCGAGGUGGACUUCGAUGGACGAGUGGUUACACGGUCGUAUUUGGAAAAGCAGGACAUCGAUCAAAUCCUAAAUGACAUUCAGCAAGUGAAGACUCCUGAAGAGUUGGAGGCCUUUAUGUUGAAGCAUGGGGAAAACAUCAUUGACACCCUAGGAGCAGAAGUGGACCGGCUGGAGAAAGAGCUCAAGCAACGCAAUCCAGAAGUCCGGCACGUUGAUCUGGAGAUCCUGUAAUCGCUGUGAGACCAGAGAGGAGCGCAGCAUCUGCGUGGCGGAGAAAAAGUCAGCCCACAGUUGAAGGAGGAUCAGGUGGUUCUGCACCUCCACUGAACCGGUCCUGAUCCAGAUGGAAGUCUUAAUUUUCAUCAGUCCCGUGUCAUUGUAGACCUUGCUCAGUCCACAUGUCCCACACUUCUGUCACUCGAUAAUGGUGUUCCCUUAGGUCCCAAAGACUUUGACAAAAGACCCCAGUCUGCUUGCACUUAUGACGUUAACUUGUGUUUUGCUGAUGUAGGAACUCUUUUUGAUCAGUGUUUUGCUGAUGUAGGAACUCUUCGUGUGUUUAUAAAUUGUAUUGUUGAAUAUGAACGCUGAGAUGAUGCAGAGAUCGGUAAACAAGUUUUUUAAGUCUCUGGGUGUCUGAAACUAAUUGUAGGCCAGUUUCACUCAUUUCAACAGGACUGCUAGAAUAACCUAGAUUGUUUUUGUUUUUUUUUCUUAUGGGGUAUCGGUGUUUUAAUCCCUGUACAAGUGAGUACAGUAUGCAAGUAUGGGUAAUGUGCAAGUUGGAAAACUCUAAAUUAGAAUAUAGAUUUUAUAAUAAUAUAAAAAUAUAUAUAUUUUCCCCUCAAGAUCUGACGAGUAAUUGAAGAGUCUAUUAUAGAUGUGUAUUAUAUUAUCAAAGUUUAUGGCUGAAUUAGUUGUUAUUAAAAUUUAUGAUAAUUUAAGUCACACAUUGUGACAAUAAAUUGAAUUGAUAGUGAUUCUGAAGCUUGUGGGAAGCUUUUUAAAACUUUGACAGGUCUUCACUAAGUCUUUUUGGAGUUUAUUAUAAGAGCAAGGGUAAAGAAGUAACAGUACAUCAAUGGUGAUUGUAUGAGAGCUAAUGUAAGUUGAGCCUCCCCUCACAAAGAUGACAUCAAAAGGUGUCAUGGCUGACCUUUUUGUGCUGACAUACUACCUUACAUCAAUCUGCCAUAACAACACCUGUUAGGUAAAUUAAAUACCAUUGAUCAUCAAUUACUGGUGAAUGGAUCAUGGGCACCCAAGGCUCAUUUAUGCUUGUGGGUAGCAGAGGAUAGCCUAUCCGGUCCAAUCCAACAGAAAAAGCCAAUGGUGUCCAUGACAUAAAGGCACCAGAACACCCAGUGCACCACAGCACACCAUGCAUGGGGUACAGCAGGCAAAAAGCUCAAGUCUGUCAACUAGCCUUCCAAAUUCCCUAGAUCCCAAACUGAUUAAGCACCCAACAAGUCUGAUUCGAAGAAUCCACUGCUAAUGUCCUGGUACGAAUUACCACAGCACACCCGAGAGACCCUGCCUGUUAACGAUUUUAAUGUUAUGACUGAUCGUGUAUAACACACAAACACAGCAAAAGUUUCUGAAACAGGACGUUUCUAAAAAACACGCUUUGAUCUUCAUCUACAUCCUUAUUCGCUGCUAUUAACGCUAACAAUAUUGUCUUAAUCUGCUUAGUGAUUAGAAAUGAACAUAGAAGAGAAAACUGUUUGGGUUUUAGUCACAGGUUGUAAAGAAAUCGACAUCAAGUACUGAUGUUAAGUCAGAAAAUGAAGAAGCACACAUUGCUAGGAAAAGUAACUUUUAGCAGUUAAGGUCCUGAACUAUUAACAAGAGGGCUGUGGGUUCAAAUCCCAGGGUUGUUAGAGGUACUUGACAUUAUGCUUGGAUUGCAUCAUUGUUUUAUUGACUGAAUUAAGUUCUUCAUUUGCAAAAUGAAAUAAAUGUUUAGAUAUACCAUUCUCAAUUACAGGGUACUAAUCCAGAGAUCCUCUAAUACCUUUUAUAGCAAAGUACCUUUUAUAGACCAUGUCUGAAGUGUAUACUGUACUGUAUGUGAUUACCACAGACAUCUUUGUGUUUCCUGAGAAAUUAACAGAAAUCCCUAUAAAAACUCGAUUCAAGCUGGAAACUCAAUGUAGCCUUUUUUUUAGUUCUGACACUGAAUAUUAACAAUGCAAGCCAAUGUUGUUCAAAACUACCACCUUAAUAAAUGUAGUAAGUUUGCCUAAGUAAAUGUUUGUAAAAAGCAAAUACUUUUACAGUAUUGUCUAAAAAGUUGAUAAAAUCAUUAGACAGAAAUACUCCUGUAUAGUGAAAUUCAUGGGGUUUUUUUUCUUUCUCCCCUAUAUGCACAAAGAAAUGUCACUUUUUUUUGUCAUGUAUGUCUGAUAAUCAGGGGCAGGGGAAGCUCUCAAUGCUUAAGGCAUUGCGUUACAGAUUGGACAGUCCCAGGUUCAACAGAUACAUACUAAACAUACAAAAGAUGUAACCUUGAUGGUAACACCAACAAUUUCUGAGAGGGCAGAUGGGUUAAAAUGUUUUUGAUGUGACUUUAAUAAAUCUAAUUUAUUAGAGGCAUGGCACUAUGAUAAUCUCCUAAUCUGUUUAGUACUCUAAAUAACUGUAUUUAGAUUGACACCUAAAGUGGGUGUGGAUUAAACCAGGAGGCUUUGACAGUUUGUCAUAUUUCAACGACAUCAUAAGUUUCAGGGUUUUUUUUUUUUUAGUUUUUAAUCCUGCUCAUGUGUUUUGGUUUGUACCUGCCUGUGAUCUUUUCUUACAAAUUUAGCAGGUUCUGUUUCUCAAAUUUAAACUAAUUAACAGGCUGAUUUAUACCACAGAGACUGUCCGGUCCAGUAGAGAUAGCACCUGAUUCAAUAUAACAACAAUUUGUAUUGGGAUUCUUUUAGUUUUACAGUUUUAUAAAUAUCUCAAUUGACUGUUAGUUUUUUGGGGGCCGAGGGGUUGUUGUAGUUCUAAACAAACUUGGCAAAUAGUUUGUCCUACAGUACCAGUCCGGAUUCUGUGCCUGUUCUCCACCAAGGCUUCAUAGAGCCAAAACAAAGAGCCACUUACAUCAGCGUCUGAAAGCAGGAUUAUCACAACCUAUUAAAAAUUUGUGAUCGCCAUCUUUAGUAUCAUAUAGUAAUGUGUAGUGUAUGGACUCAAAAUGCAAUGGGCAGCACGCUUUUUAGUUUUCCUGUGUUGGUGAUGUGCUAGCAUUGUAGAGAUGCACACAGUGGUGUAAUGGUGUGACACUGUAGCCCAUGAAUAAAACAACGCCAGUUCUUAGUAGAUUCGCUAUUGAACCAGCACUAACACCAGACAUGGACUAGCACCUGGUUCACUUUGGUGGAAAUGGGGUAUCGGUGAAUAGGUUUUAGUGCAUCAACUAUAGGGUUAUAGAGGAACUGCAACAUUUUACUACCUCAAAUGCCAACAGAUAAAUAAAAAAUAUAUAUUUGAUUUGAAUUCAGUGUGUACAACACAUAAAUUAUAUCAUGUCUCAUCUUUACUGUCCAGGCAGGUGCUAAGGGACGAUGCAUUAAAAAAAAAAACAUACUUGUGAUUUUAUUUUAUUUUUUUUAAUGAAAUGGCAAAAUUCUAAUCCUUAUGUGCAUGUCUAAUCUCAACCAGAUGAACAUUUCUUUAAUUAAAACACUAGUAAUACAGUAUAUGGUGGCUCAGUAUAGGUGGUUAGCACUGUCACCUUGCACCGUCAUGGUCCAGGUUUGAUUCACACUCGGGGUUUGCAUGGGUUUCCUCUCGGUACACCGGUUUCCUCCCAUAGUCCAAAAACAUACAGAUUAGACUAAUCUGUGUCUCCAAAUUGCCCGUAGUAUGUGAUCGUUGACUGGAGGUCCUACCACGCUUGUAAAAAUGGGGAUAAAUACAAUGGUCACCACUGGCCUCCACAGUCCCUAGUUGGACUAUAGAGGCUCCAAGAUGGAUGGAUGGAUGGAUGGAUGGAAUGCAGUAGACAUGUAUUGUGUUACAUUCUUGUCUAUACAUUUACAGAAUUUGGUUAAACCCCAAGAGAAUUGUCUUGAAUAAAACUCCAACAAAACAUUUA